AUGGCUAUUCUCCGUCACUCGAUAGCGCCGCUCCGCGCGGUGCGAUGCGCCCGCCAGCCCGCCGCCGCCAUGCGCAGCUUCACCGUCACCGCCAACCGCCGCGGCGGUGGCCACGGCAACGAGUCCCAGUUUGAACCCCCCAGCGGCUGGCUCUGGGGUAUUAAGCCCGGCGAGAAGCCCGAGCCCGAGGGUUGGGAGUGGCCCAUGUAUAUCUUCGGCGGCAGCCUGCUUGUGGCCGGUGUGGCGCUUGCCUUUAAGCCCGACACGAGCGUUUCUACCUGGGCUCUUGAGGAGGCUCGCAGAAGAUUAGAGGCCGAGGGUAUUCUGCCCGACCCCGAGGCGUCUGAGAACAAGAAGUGA